AUGGUCGGAGCAAUGACUGACGCGCCCGCUCCUCGCAAGAGAGGCCGGCCACGAGCUGGGACGGACAAUCAGCAAGGCCCCGAGAGACGUCGAAAGCAGCUUCGCGUCGCGCAGCAAUUAUAUCGCAAGAGAAAAGAUACCACGAUCGUCAAUCUGCAAUCUCGUGUACAGAAAUUCGAGUCGGGCAUCGAAGAGGUCAGCGAGUCGUUCCUUUCCUUUAGUGAUCUUCUGUUAGAGGCUGGGAUUCUCCAAAAUCAGCCUCGUGUCACAGCUGCUCUGCAAAAAAUUACACAGCAAUGCGUGUCGCUUGCUAAAAGUGGCUGCGACGAGGCCGAACAGGCAUCUGCAGCCCUGGCGGACCCCUCGUCGGACCUCACGGCUCAAUGGGCUGGACUGUCACAACUACCCCCCACGCCACACUUCCAAGAACAAGCAAUUCUAUCGUUCGGAAUAGACCCGUCGUCUUCGAAUAUCUCUUUCUCGCCCAUCCAUAGUCCUACCUUGAAUUUUCCGACCAUAGUAUCGCCCGAUAGCCUCUUAAAGCAAGGGCGCUGGGAGCUCUCACACCGUCUGGUCCGACAAUGCUGCGAGACUGGUUACUAUCUAUUAACAAGAUCAUCUGCAGACGAUCCAAGAGUCAUAGCAAUCUUCGGCAAACGAUUGACCAUCGAUGAGCGCGACCGCUUCAUCUUCGGAUUUUUCGCCAACAUGCACGACGAAAUGGGAGACACGGUCGAGUUGAGUACAAAAGUUCUCAGUUCAAGGAGGAACAGCUACUCUCCUGAACAACUCACAGUUUCCUCACGAGCGUGGCAAAUUGUCAAUGAAUCGGGUGCUGAUGAGUGGAUGGAUGCGAGUGGUGUGCAAAGGCUGCUACAGCAGCGAGGGAUGCAUAUUCAGGACCGAAGCUCGCCCCUCUCCAGUCUCCAGUUCAAUUCGGCUCCGCAGCUCAACGCCGCGAGCUUCACUAAAUAUCUUUCCCUCGGCCCUAUCUGUCUCGGUCGCGGACCAGCGUUCCGAAAGCGCGAUGUUGAGAAAGCUAUUCGCCUUGCAACUCUUGAUGGAUGAUCCUUGGGCGUUUAGCGCUGUGUGCGCGAAAUACC